CGUCAGUAGAGCAGUGCCGCUGGAGAGCUCACUCCCGUCGACCGCAGGCUCCAGCCUCAGAAAAAAAAAAAACCCAGAGAGAAAGAAAGGAAGGAAGGCAAAGGACGCGAGCUUUUUAUUUUUUAAUUUUUAUUUAUUCGUUUCUCGUCGCAAGAUGUAACUUGUUGACAUCACGUCGCGCACAUACAUGCAUUUGAAAAGAGCCGGGAGCGAGUGCGCAGCGACGAGGGGAAGAAGAAGAAGAAGAAGCCGCCGACCGAGCCGCUGCUGCCCCGGCGCAUGGAACUUAUUGUUGUGCGUCCUGUUUUUGACUAUGUUACCCCCGAGUGAGUUUGGGUCUCUGCUCGCCGUCGUCGACCCUUGAAUCGUUAUCUUUAUUUUUUUUGUGUGGGAAUAUAGUCGAAGGAGAGAGAGACGCCGAGGGAAGGAUUGCGCGAAGCCAGCGAUCUUUUUUUUCCUACAGAGCCGGGGAUUUAAAUCGUCGCUUGUGGCUGGUGGUGCUCCGGGAGAGAAAAGGAAAAGACAUUCAUGUGGCCAUUCUCUGUUUAUUUUAAACUCCUGGGGAUUGCAUGAUGAGCAAGGAAAGACCCAAGAGGAAUAUCAUUCAAAAGAAAUACGAUGACAGUGACGGGAUCCCAUGGUCGGAGGAGCGGGUGAUGCGAAAGGUGCUUUACCUUUCCCUAAAGGAGUUUAGGAGUGCACAGAAAAGGCAGCUGGAUGGCGAUGGAACCACAAACUCCAAUGGUUCCCUCGCCAAUGGGCAGCUGAACGGCUCGGGAUCAAAGGGCAGCCACAAAGAAGAUGGGUCCUUGCGCUCUCAGGGCCUGGUUGGGAGCAGGGAGUACUGCGAGGGCGGCCCACCGAAGAAGAGACCUCGGCUCCAGGCUCAGCGGAAGUUUGCCCAGUCGCAGCCCAACUCCCCGAGCACGACGCCCGUCAAGGUGGCCGAGCCGGUCAGCCUGAGCGCCGUCCUGCCCGCGGUGCCCUCCUCCUCUUCGUCCCUCCCGCUGCUCCCGUCCUCGUCCCUGCCCUCCAUUCACGACCUGUCCCGGCGCAAGCCCAAGACGGAGGACUUCCUCACCUUCCUCUGCCUCAGAGGUUCAUCGGCCCUGCCCAACAACAUGGCCUACUUCGGAAGCUCCCAGGAGGAGGACGACCUGGAGGAAGAGGAGGAGGAAGAGGAGGAGGAGGUGAGGAACGGCGGUGGUAUCCACUCUCACAGCGGCGGCAGAAGCAGCAGCAGCCUAGCCUCGGCCUCCUCUUCCUGCCACUCAACGCCCCGCAAGGGCAAGUUCCCCACUAGGCAGCCGCUCAAUGGGCAUGUGUUCAACAGCCACAGUAAAGCAGGGACCAGGGAGAGUCCGAGGCCCAAGGCGGGAACCUACGGCAGGGACGCGCCUGCCCCGCCGCUGCCUCCCCCUCCACCCCCGCCUCCGCCCCUACUGAGGGAGCGCAGCGAGCGGGCGGAGGCACGGGAGCACACCAGGGAGCUGCAGGCCAUGGCCAGCAGUCGAGGCUUGGCCAACGGGCUGCCAUCGAGGAGAGCUGCUGAGGAGCUGCGCAAGCAGGUCUCUAAAGUGAACGGGCUGACGCGGGCGGGCUCCGCACAAGGUGUCGGCGGUGCCAGAAAGAGCCGCGACUUCCGGCUGCCGUCCAAAACUGUGAAGAAGUACACAGCCACCGUGUCCAAGGGCCACGUCACUUACACCAAAGCCAAACAGAAAGAACUGGGCAAGAAAACCAAACUCAGCAGCAGCAACAAACACAACAGCGCCGCCUCGGCACCGUCGUCAGCGAACAAUCACAAUCAGCACAGCCAGUCAGCAGCCAGCAAUGGGCUGGCCAACUCAGGAAAAGCAGCGGCACCAGCCCACCACAGCAAUGCAAAAACCCGCAAACAGGUGCUACUAUCCAAUGGGCUGCACAAAGCUGCAGCCGGCGUCCGCCUCAACGGGAGGCUAAAUGGGCUGCGGCACAACAAGGAGGACGAGCAGAGACAGUGGCAGCAGAGCAACGGGGAGUGCACAGGACGAGAGGGACUGCGUAACUCCAAGCGGCGUCUGGAGGUGGUGCUCAACUCAGUGGGGACAGGUGUUGUAGAGCAGAAAGCCAAAACCACUGGCACUGAGGCCAAGAAGGCCAAACUUCAGCCGGCUCCUCUGGAGACGCGCAGCAGCAGCAAGAAGGUGGCAUAUCACGAGAAGGCCGCCGCGCAAGCUACCGCCCUUACCACUCCAGUUUCUAAUGGACAUGAAUCAGAAAUGCCCCCUUCUCCCAAACAAGUUACCCCACCUCCGACUCCCCCCCCUCCUUCUACACCAGCAGCCAAUACGGAGCCGGUGAACCAGCGACCCAAGCGGGCAUCGGCCGGCAAGCUGAUGUUGAUACGACAAGCACAGCAGCAGCAGAGCAGGUCUUACGGUCGCAGCUUCUCCUCGUUGUCCCCCUCAGCCGGCCAGAAUCAACCACAGAACCCCAGUCGUGCCAGCACUACCUCAGACCCCCAGCAAACCUCUGUGUCCGCCUCCUCCACAACCGCCUCUCUGCUUACAACCACCAACAGCCCCGGACAGCUCAAACCAGCAGCGGCGCGUCCCGCUGAGCGUGACAAGGACUGGGAAUGCGAGAAAGAGAUGUCGCGCCAGAAAGAACACGAGCAGGAGAAAGAAUGGGAGCGCCAGAGGAGCAGGCCAGAGGGCUGGGCGGCGCUCGGCGAAGUCCCCAUCUUCCGGCCAGCGCCACGGGAGUUCCAGGACCCCCUGGUGUACUUGGACGCGGUGAGGGAACAGGCCGAGGCAACUGGCAUGUGCCGCGUGGUGCCGCCCGCAGACUGGCGGCCCGAGUGCAAGCUGAGCGAGGAGAUGCGUUUUGUUACACAGGUGCAGAGGGUCCAUAUGCUGGGCCGGCGCUGGGGCCCCAACGUGCAGCGUCUGGCCUGCAUCCGCAAGCACCUCAAAUCUCAGGGCAUUACCAUGGACGAGCCACCGGUCAUUGGUGGCUGUGAAGUGGACCUGUCACGUUUUUUCCAGCUCAUCAACGACAUGGGCGGCAUGCAGCAGGUGAUGGACCUGAAGAAGUGGACCAAGCUGGCCGACCUCCUGCGCAUCCCUAAGUCAGCGCAGGACCGGCUGGCCAAGCUGCAGGAGGCGUACCUCCAGUACAUCCUCUCCUAUGACUCGCUCAGCCCCGACGAGCGCCUCCAGCUGCAGCUCGAGGUGCUGCAGGAGAAAAAGAAGCUGGAGGGUCGCCGGGGGCCUCUGGAGGGUCUUUUGGACUCCACGGCACCUAGUGCCCUGGUCUUGCCACGCUACGAGCCCAAGAACGGGCUAGCAGGUGGAAUAGUGGGAGGCCCCACGGGGAACCAGCGCACCAAUGGAGUGUAUCACCAUCUGAAGGAGCUGGAGGCUCAGGUCAAAGCGGGCCGGCGCCGGCUCUUCGCUCAGGAAAAACAAGGCAAAGAGGACAAGCAGCAUGGAGAGGAGCCGCAGGAGGAGGAGGACAGGGGCGUUCUCAGUGACCAGCACAAAUGUAUUUACAAGGGGAAAUCGGUGUCUUUGACGAACUUCUUCAGGAUAGCCCGGAACACCAUGACCAUGUGCUUUAACAAGGAACCGGGCGCUGCGGAGGUUGAGCAAGAGUACUGGAGCAUUGUGGAGCAUAGAGACAGCCACGUGGCAGUGCAUUGUGGGAAGGUGGACACCAGUACACACGGCAGUGGUUUCCCCACAGGAAAGUCAGAGCCAUUUUCAAAACAUGGAUGGAACCUCACUGUCCUCCCCAAUAACUCUGGAUCCAUUCUGAGGCAUCUGGGAGCUGUGCCUGGGGUGACGAUUCCCUGGCUAAACAUUGGCAUGGUAUUUUCUACCUCAUGCUGGUCUCGCGACCAAAAUCGCCUUCCAUAUAUCGAUUAUUUACACACUGGUGCUGAUUGCAUUUGGUAUUCUGUCCCUGCUGAGGAGAAGGCUAAGCUGGACAAGGUGGUCCAUACACUGCUUCAGGCCAAUGGUACCCCAGGACUAGAGAUGUUGGAAAAGAACAUCAUGAUCUCUCCAGAGGUGCUGUGCCGUGAAGGUAUCAAGGUUCACCGCACGGUCCAGCGGAGCGGCCAGUUUGUGGUCUGCUUCCCCGGUGCCUUCGUCUCUAAGGUGUGCUGUGGCUACAGCGUGUCGGAGACCGUGCACUUUGCCACGCCGCACUGGAUGAACCUGGGUUACCAGGCUGCAAAGGACCUGAAAUGUCGUCGCAUUGCUAAACCCUUCUCCAUGGAGAAGCUACUGUACCAGAUCGCCACGGCCGAGUCGAAGAGGGACAACGGCCUUCUCCUCUCCACCAUCUCCUCCCUACUCAAAGAUCUCAGGAACAUAGAGAUGCACCAACGGCAGGAACUUUACAAGGCAGGUCUGCUCUCCUCUGCUCGCUACGGCACGCACGACGGCAGCCUCGGGCCCGGCGAGGGCCGCAAGAAGCCCCGCGGGAAGUGGCUGGCACUGGAGUCUUCAGAGAGACGCUGCCAGAUCUGUCAGCAUCUCUGCUACUUGUCCAUGGUGGUUCAGGAGACGGAAAACGUGGUGUUCUGUCUGGAGUGUGCGCUGCGCUAUGUGGAGAAGCACAAGUCCUGCAGAGGCCUUAAGAUGAUGUACCGAUACGAUGAGGAGCAAAUCAACAGUUUGGUGAACCAGGUGUGCGGCCGGGCCCUGUUAAAGAACGGCAGAGGCGUUGGUGCUGGGGUUGUGGUCAGUGGAGGAGGAGGAGGAGUAGGAGGAGGAGUAGGAGGAGGAGGAGGAGGGGAACCCUGUCUCGGCUUGAGCCCCGCCAAAGCAUCGCCGGCCAAGCGGGGCCCCCGGAAGCGCGCCACUGUGGAGGUGUCCCUGUCCCGUCUGUCCUCCAGCCACAUACCCAAGGCUGCAGCCGUGUCCUGAGGCGGGCGCCUGCGACAUGGCCGCCGCCGCCCCCGUGCGCUGUGCCCACGUCCGGCCCCUUCACACCCUCUCCAAUGAUUUUUUUCUUUUCACCUAAAGCAGGAUCACUAUCAAUCCACCGCUCCGAUAUUUAAAAUCGAUUGUUUUUGAGCUCUGGAAAAUCCCCUCAUCCCAAAAAAAUUAAAAUUCACCUCCCCCCUUAGUACGACAGGCUUGUUUAUAUAAAAGGAAAGAGAGAAAAGGAAAAAAAAGAAUAACAAGUUGUCUUUUUUGCACUAGUGUGAAAGAAGAAUUUGUUUUUAUUCUGGAUGAUUUUAGAUCCCCCCCAACCCCCCGCCUGAUGUUGUCCUCAGCUGCAUCACGAGCAUUAAGUUCACAGGAAGACUCGAUGCGUCCCUUCACCCUUCUUUACCUUUUUCCUGCAUCCCCUCUUUUCCGACCUCCUCCAGAGACUGAACCCUCCGAGUCCCCCUCUCUCUCUUCUCAUCGUGCAUCACUCGACUGUGAACGUGGGACGAAUGAUAAGGCGGACCUUUUUUUUCUUUUUUCCUCCCUGAUUUUUUCUGAUAUGAAAAUGAUAUCGAGUAGAUGCCCAAAGUUUCUCCCUGUCCUCGCUCUGAGGAAGAAGAGUCCUUUCUUUUUUUAUUGAUUUUAGUCGUGAUGCAGCAUUGUGUGUUUUUGUUUUUAAAGGGGUGCUGGUGACGCGAGGUAAAAACUUGAAAGACGAUGAUGUUGGUUUAUCGUUGGCCGGCUUUUGUUUUUUCAAGUUCUAUUCUGAAUUUUAGCUUUGUUUUUUCUAGUUUUUGUUUUUUUUGCGAGAAGUCUUCUGUGUAUUUUUAUUUUUGUCGUCAUUGUGGAUUUUUUCUCUUCGUUGGUGGACGUGAGAGAGGGGAGGGGGCAGAGCUACAGCUGCUUUGACCUGUGAAGGGUCACCACUCACCUCACUUCCUGGUCGCAUGGAGGGAUCCCUCCUUCGCUAGCGAGUGAAAACCGUGCCUGAUACUUAGCGAGGAGAUCCAUUUUUAUUGGUGCUGUUGGUUAUCAUUACUGUAUAACAACACAAAAAUUAAAAACCUGGGGGUCGGCGGCGCCUGCUGUUGGCGAACGGCUCGCUCGCGCACCCCCGCCCCACAGGGCAGGAAAGCUUUUCAGGCUUUUCUGGUUCUAGAUGUGCAAUCGUGUUAACAUUCCAUUCUUCCAGUCCUCUUGUUUCAUCUGUACCAGUAAACAUUAAUUAUUAUAUUAUAUUAUUAUUAUUAUUGUGUUCUUUUUUUUUUUUUUUUUACUUUUGUUGAAUCUGAUGUGUUAUCUCGAGUAGAGCCACUAGUCAACGAGUGUUAAAUGUGAAAUAUCGAAUCCAAGUUUUUUCUUUUUUUUUCUUUAAUUGUCUUUUAUGGGGUUUUGUUUUUGGCUUUUGCAUUUGUUCCCUUUUCCAGAUAUAUUCUGAGUGAUUUUUUUUUUUUUAAGAGAGAGAGAAGAUAAAGUCCAACACAAACAAAACAUCAACUUUUUUUGUACAUAAUCCUGUAAAUUUCUUUAAAUACUUGAGCCUUUUUCUGGGGUUAAGGAAGAAAGAAAGGAAGGAAGGAAGGAAGGAAUAAAAGAGGAGAGAGAGAGAGAGAGAGACAAAGUUCCAGAGGCGUGCGCUCGAUGAAGAAAAAGCCUUACAUUUUCCCUUUCUUCAUCCGUGUGAGUUUGAUGCUUACAGGGUUGCUCUGGUAAACGUGUAUAAAAUGUUUAAGUGCUGCUUAUAUCACUAAGAAAGAAGAUAUUGAGUAGCCGACGACUGCCCCCAACCUAGUUUUGUUUGUUUAGCUUUACUUUUUUAAAGAAAAGGGAAAAAAAAGAUAUGUUCACUAAAAAAAAAAAAAAAUGGGUUUUUACAUUUUCAUUACUGAAAAUUCAACAAAAAUGUAGUAGCUACUCAUGUUGCACUGAGCUUGCCAGUGGUGACUGUCAAGGAAAAAUCCUAUAAUCCAGUUUGUUGGUUGUCGUCCCUCGCAGAAGACUGAACUGUUUUAGGACUAUUUAAUGAAAUACCAAGUCGGGUGUUUUCAACAUAAAAAAAAAGUGGUUGUCAAGUUUUUAUGGCCUUACAAUAUAUUUUAUUCUGGGAUUUUUUUUUUCUGUCUUGUUUCUCAGUUUUUAUUGAUUUUUUUGUUUUGUUUUGUUUCUUCCAUUUUCUACAGUAUAAAAUACUUGCUCACAGUGGGGUCUCUGGUGACUUAAUUUAUUAGUGCCGCAUCUCGGCCUUUCCCUCCACUCGGAAAGAGAGUCUCAUGUUGGUUAUAUUGACAGUUUUUUACUUUUGCAGUUUGUACUUAAGGUUUAAUAAAAACUUACCGACAAUUCACUGUCAUUUCUUUC